AUGUUUCUAAGACAAGCCCAAAUACCUUCCCGGCGCAUAGCUGGAGUUACCAAUAGAACACUCCAAAGUCGGAAUGGACCACUUCUUGCCUCCUUUACGCUUCGCAAUAGCCUCAAUGCUGCAACACGACAUCUUGCCCCCAUUACCGCCGUUCGCACAUAUGCCAGUCGAGGACCACAUCCCCCGGGGGGAACCCAUCGAAUGGACAUGGGGGGUGGAGGGGAAGAAAAGUCGGCAUUGGAAGAAUAUGGAGUCGACUUGACUGCUCGGGCGAAGGAUGGAAAGCUUGAUCCUGUCAUUGGAAGAGAUGCAGAGAUUCAUAGGACGAUUCAAGUUCUGUCCCGGAGAACUAAAAAUAACCCUGUUUUGAUUGGGUCUGCUGGUACUGGGAAGACUGCUAUUUUAGAAGGUCUCGCGCAGCGAAUUGUUAGGGGCGACGUCCCGGAGAGCGUUAAAGACAAGAGAGUCAUUUCCCUCGAUCUUGGACAACUUAUCGCGGGAGCCAAGUUUCGCGGCGACUUCGAGGAGAGAUUAAAAAAGGUGCUGAAUGAGGUCCAAGAAGCCCACGGAGGGGUAAUCCUUUUCGUCGAUGAGUUACACACACUUCUAGGACUGGGCAAAUCGGAAGGCAGCAUUGAUGCUAGUAAUCUCUUAAAGCCUGCACUUUCUAGAGGCGAACUUCAGUGCUGUGGUGCUACUACCCUGAAUGAAUACAGGGCAAUCGAGAAGGAUGUCGCUUUGGCCCGAAGGUUUCAACCAAUCCAAGUCGACGAACCUACAAUCCAAGAUACCAUCAGUAUUCUGAGAGGUAUCAAGGAAAAGUACGAAGUACAUCAUGGUGUAAGAAUCACAGACCAAGCACUUGUUGCUGCCGCGACUUACAGCAAUCGAUACAUUACCGACAGAUUCCUACCUGACAAGGCCAUCGAUUUGAUGGACGAAGCGGCCAGUGCUCUAAGAUUACAACAAGAGAGCAAGCCAGAAGAUAUAAUGCGUCUAGAUCAGCGGAUAAUGACUAUUCAAAUUGAGCUUGAAAGCUUACGCAAAGAAACCGAUGUUCCAAGUCGGGAAAGGCGGGAAAAGCUACAAGCUGAUUUGAAGGCGUGUCAGGAUGAGGCGAAAACAUUGACCGAGAAAUGGGAGACGGAGCGGGCCAUCAUCGAACGCGUUAAAAAGACGAAGGAGGAUCUGGAAAAGGCUCGGAUUGAGCUAGAUCAGGCACAGCGCGAGAACAACUUUGGUCGUGCAGGAGAAUUGAGAUACUCAAUCAUUCCAGCAUUAGAAGAGAAGCUUCCCAAAGAAGGCGAAGCAACUGGAGAUGGGACGUUAAUCCACGAAAGUGUCUCGGCAGAUGACAUUGCAUCUGUUGUAUCACGAGUGACCGGCAUUCCCAUCACGAAGCUCACUUCCGGCCACGCUGAGAAGCUGAUCAACAUGGAAGAUACCCUCCGCGAGUCCGUUCGAGGUCAAGAUGAAGCUCUCAAAGCAGUUGCGAAUGCUGUCAGAAUGCAACGAGCUGGCUUAAAUGGAGAGCGACGACCUCUAGCUUCUUUCUUCUUCCUUGGACCUACUGGUGUUGGAAAGACGGAACUUUGCAAGAAAAUGGCGAACUUUCUAUUUUCAACCGAAUCUGCUGUUGUUCGAUUCGACAUGAGCGAGUUCCAAGAGAAGCACACAAUAUCUCGAUUGAUUGGCAGCCCGGCUGGGUAUGUUGGAUAUGACGACGCUGGUCAACUGACUGAAGCUGUAAGGCGUAAGCCAUACUGUGUACUAUUAUUCGAUGAGUUCGAGAAAGCCCACCGAGACAUCUCCGCCCUUCUCCUCCAAGUCCUAGACGAGGGCUUCCUGACCGACGCCCAAGGCCACAAAAUCGACUUCACCAACACAUUAAUCGUAUUCACAUCCAACCUAGGAGCCGAUAUCCUCGUUGGCAAUGAUCCACUCCAUCCAUACCACGAAGAAGCAAACGGAGACAUAGCACCCAAGGUUCGAAACGCCGUCAUGGACGUAGUUGCGCAAAACUAUGCCCCCGAGUUCCUCAACCGCAUCGACGAAUUCAUCGUCUUCAAGCGCCUCUCCACCGAUGCCCUUCGAGACAUCGUCGACAUCCGCCUCAAAGAACUACAAACCCGACUCGAUGACCGCCGCAUCGUCCUUGAAGUCGACGACAAAGUGCGCGAGUGGCUGGCUGAGCGCGGUUACGAUCCGAGAUUUGGAGCUAGGCCGCUUAAUAGGCUUAUUGCGAAGCAGAUUGGGAAUGGGUUGGCGGAUAAAAUUAUUAGGGGCGAGGUGAAGAGUGGCGAUCAUGCAGUUGUGAGUAUUAAUGAGGAGGGCGAUGGGCUGGAUGUUCUUGCUAAAUAG